CCCGUUCCGGUGCCGCCCCGCGGCUGCGCGGCCGGGCCAGCGGAACGGCGAGAUGGUGCCCGAGCUGGAGAAAGCUACGGUCCGGAUCCGGCAGCCCGAGCGUGUGCGGGGCAUCAUCCGAUCUCUGCGGGAGCAGGGUGUGGCCAAACUGCAGGUCAUUUCUGACUUUGAUAUGACCCUGAGCAGGUUUGGUUGCAAUGGCAGGCGCUGCCCCACAUCUCACAAUAUCCUUGAUACCAGCCGUGUUAUCAGCGAGGAUGGCAAGAAGAAGCUGAAGGAUCUGCUCCACUAUUACUAUCCUAUUGAAAUAGAUCCCAACCGGACCCUGGAGGAGAAACGUCCCCUCAUGGUGGAGUGGUGGACCAAGGCUCAUGAGCUGCUGGUGCAGCAGAAGAUCCACAAAGAUGACAUAGCCCAGAUUGUCAGAGAGUCAGAAGCCAUGCUCAGGGAUGGCUUCAAGGAGUUCUUUGAUCAGCUGCACAAGAACAAUAUCCCCCUGUUCAUCUUCUCCGCUGGUGUUGGUGAUAUCCUGGAAGAGAUUAUCCGUCAGGCCAACGUCUUCUACUCCAAUGUCAAUGUGGUGUCCAACUACAUGGACUUCAAUGAUGAUGGAGUCCUCACACACUUCAAGGGACCCCUCAUCCACACCUACAACAAGAACAACAGCGUGCUGCAGGGCACAGGGUACUUCCAGCAGCUGAGCACAAGGACGAGCAUCAUCUUGCUGGGGGACUCCAUGGGUGACCUGACGAUGGCAGACGGUGUUCCCAGCGUGGAGAACAUCCUCAAGAUUGGCUUUCUCAAUGACAAGGUGGAGGAGCGGAGGGGGAAGUACCUGGAUUCAUAUGACAUCGUGCUGGAGAGCGACGAGACGCUGGACGUGGUGAAUGGGAUCCUGCGGUACAUCCUGACUGAGACAUGAGCUGGGGACAAGGUGUCCCAGCUCCAGCACACAGCAGGCACUGGGCAGGGAAUGCCCCACCUGGGACAGAGCUGGAGGGGACUGCUGGUACUGGCUGGGCUCCAUCCCGACCUCACUAAUGCCCUCAGCCAGCCCUGGAGCAGGAGAGGUGAGAUGGAGGAAGUUUUUCCUUUUGCUUUUCCACAACUCUGCCUGGCUCUGCAGUUUCCCUCUCAGAGUGACUCUAUCCUGCUCAGCCUUCAUCCCACUGGGAAUUCACUCUUGCCACCUCCUGAGGCCACAACAAACCAUUCCAUGUUUCAGACAGAGAUGUUCUGCACUUGCUUCAGCAGCUGAGGGUGGAAUGGAGAUAAUUUACUGUGGGCUGAGGACAGACCUGGUUUAGAUGUGUCACUGUGUUCCUGGCUAAGAAAACAAGUCUCUCUCUCAUCCCAUGUCCUGUGAGCUUCAAAGCUCCUGGGUUGACUCUGGUGCCAGUGCAGCUGCUGGACUGGUGUGGCCCUGCUGGCCAUCACAUCACCCAGCCCCACAUUCUCCAUGUAAACCAGCAGCUCUCUGACCUCGUGUCUCCGCUCAUCCGUCCUUCUUGCACCAGCACAGCUCUUACUGUGGAAAAAACCUUUUUCCAGCCGUCCCUGAAUGCCCCAGAGCUCAGCUGCUGCUGCUGCCCAAAGUCAGAAGUAAAUUUGUCUGCCAGGGAUCAGAGGCGGAGGGGUGGGGGAGGAGAGGCCAAUGGCAGAAUUUUGAGUUUUAAGCAAUGUUUUAUCUGACCAUGUUUGUGUACUAAAUUUCUGGGAUGAUCCUGGUCUCUCAGUGCAGCAAUAGGAAAAGACCAUUUUAUUGCUGUAUAACCUCUGGUUAUGAGAGACUUUGGGAAGAGCAGAUUUGUUCUCUGCUUUGGAAUAAAAACAUAA